CAAAUAGCCAAGAUGGCGGACAAAACGCCUGGCGGUACGCAGAAAGCCAGCGCAAAGGCGCUAUUGGAAAGCAAGCUCAAGGCCUUCAGCAUUGGAAAGAUGGCUGUUGCAAAAAGAACCCUCAGCAAGAAGGAGCAAGACGAAAUUAAAAAGAAGGAGGAUGAGCGAGCAGCAGCAGAGAUCUAUGAGGAAUUCCUCGCCGCUUUCGAGGGCGGGGACAGCAAAAUCAAGGCCUUUGUCAGAGGUGGCAUUGCCAACGCAUCCAAAGAAGAGGCAACCGCUGAUGAUAAGAGAGGCAAGCUGUACAAGCCCAAGUCUCGCUUCACCGAAGCAAAGAGCAUUCUGCCAUUAGAAACCCCUCCACAGUUUUUAGCAAUAGAUAAAAGAAAUACCUCAAAGAAAGCCGAAAAGGGGAAGAAGAAGAGCAACCUGGAGCUCUUUAAAGAGGAACUCAAACAGAUACAGGAGGAGAGAGACGAGCGGCACAAGAUGAAGGGACGGGUCAGCCGUUUCGAGGCCCUCUCCGGUGCGGACGGCCGGCGAUCCUCGGAUGGUUGGUCACGGAGAAACCGUCCCUUCAGUGUCCUGGACGAUUCAGCGCCUGGAUCACAUGAUGUGGGGGACCCCUCUACCACUAAUUUAUAUCUUGGAAACAUAAAUCCACAGAUGAACGAGGAAAUGCUCUGCCAGGAGUUUGGGCGCUAUGGGCCAUUGGCCAGCGUGAAGAUCAUGUGGCCGAGGACAGACGAAGAGCGGGCGCGGGAGAGGAACUGUGGCUUCGUGGCCUUCAUGUGCAGGAGAGACGCUGAACGAGCACUCAAACAUUUGAAUGGAAAGACCAUCAUGAAUUUCGAGAUGAAGCUGGGCUGGGGUAAAGGCGUGCCCAUCCCACCCCACCCCAUAUACAUCCCACCCUCCAUGAUGGAGCACACCCUCCCCCCUCCCCCCUCGGGACUCCCCUUCAACGCCCAGUCCCGCGAGAGGUUGAAGAACCCCAACGCCACCCUCCUGCCACCACCCAAAAACAAGGAGGAAUUCGAAAAGAGUCUGUCGCAAGCCAUAGUCAAAGUGGUUAUCCCAACAGAAAGGAAUUUGCUCUCCCUCAUCCACCGGAUGAUCGAGUUUGUGGUGCGUGAGGGCCCCAUGUUCGAAGCCAUGAUCAUGAACCGUGAGAUCAACAACCCCAUGUACAGGUUUCUGUUUGAGAAUCAAAGCCCAGCUCACGUGUACUACAGAUGGAAGCUGUACUCCAUCCUACAGGGAGACUCUCCCACAAAGUGGAAGACAGAGGACUUUCGAAUGUUUAAGAACGGGUCCAUGUGGCGCCCCCCUCCUCUCAACCCAUACCUGCACGGGACGCCGGAUGAGGAUGAGGAUGAGGAAGAGGAGGACGCCAGCAAGAAGGGCUGCCUGAAAGACGACCAGAGGGACAAGCUGGAGGAGAUCCUGCGCGGGCUGACCCCGCGGCGCAGCGACAUCGCCGACGCCAUGCUGUUCUGCCUGAGCCACGCCGAGGCCGCCGAGGAGAUCGUGGAGUGCGUGGCCGAGUCCCUGUCCAUCCUGAAGACCCCGCUCCCAAAGAAGAUUGCAAGGCUAUAUUUGGUAUCAGAUGUCCUGUAUAACUCGUCUGCUAAAGUUGCCAAUGCCUCGUACUACAGAAAGUACUUUGAAGCAAAACUCUGUCAGAUAUUCUCCGACCUAAAUGCCACUUACAAGACGAUACAGGGCCACCUGCAGUCGGAAAACUUUAAGCAAAGAGUGAUGUCGUGCUUCCGGGCGUGGGAAGACUGGGCGGUGUACCCAGACCCCUUCCUGAUCAAGCUGCAGAACAUCUUCCUGGGCCUGGUCGUUCUGGGCGCCGACAAGGAGACCAUUGCUCCCGUUGUGGAGACGAGGCGUGUCAGUCUCCCCUGUCUCUGCACGGGACAGGCCGAGCCUUCAGAGGACAUUGAUGGAGCCCCCAUUGUGGAGGAGGAGCUCGACGGGGCACCCCUCGAGGAUGUGGAUGGGGCGCCCAUUGACGGGGUGCCCAUCGACAUGCCCCUCGACGGAGCCCCACUGGACGACUUGGAUGGGGAACCCAUAAAGACUUCAGAGGACGACUUGGACGGCAUCCCCUUGGAUCCUUCCGGCCCGAAACCUGCUUUUAAGAUGGCCCCAUCAAAGUGGGAGGCAGUGGAUGACAAUGUACUGGAAGCACAAGCUGUUACCACUUCCAAAUGGGAAAUAUUCGAUCCGCCGGAGGAGACACAGCCAGCCAAAAAGGAUGAGGAGGAAAGCGAAGACGAGGACACCAGGGGCUCCCUCUCCAUCGAGGCGCAGCCCUUCUCCAACCCCGUGAAGACGGACUCUUCCGAAUCCAAGUCGGCCAAGUACUCGGAGAUGAGCGAGGAGAGGCGCGCCAAGCUACGGGAGAUCGAGCUCAAAGUGAUGAAGUUUCAAGAUGAGCUGGAAUCGGGCAAACGGCCAAAGAAGUCUGGGCAGAGUAUCCAGGAGCAAGUAGAGCACUACAGAGACAAACUGCUGCAAAGGGAAAAAGAAAAAGAAAUGGAAAGGGAAAAAGAGAAAGAAAAGGACAAGAAAGAUCAGGAGAAAACAGAGGUCCGUCUGAAAGAUGAGAGGGAUAAAGAGGAUUCACCCAGAAAGGAGAGGAAACGCAGGCACAGCUCCUCGCCCAGUCCCGCGCGCAGCAGCGGCGGCGGGAGGCGGGGCAAGUCCCCCUCCCCACGCUCAGAGCGCUCCACCAGGUCCUACACCAAGGACGGCUCUCGCUCUCGCUCCUCCCACAAGGACUCGCCCCGGGACAGCAGCAGGAAGUCUUCCAAGAGGUCACCGUCGCCGCCAAGGACCCCCAAGCGGUCAAGAAGGUCUCGGUCGAAAACGCCCAAAAAAUCAAGCAAGAAGUCCAGGUCGCGGUCCAGAUCCCCACACAGGUCUCACUCACCCAAAAAAUCGGGCAAGAAGUCAAGGUCACGGUCGAGGUCUCCACAUCGGUCUCACAAGAAAUCCAAGAAGAGCAAACACUGACCAAUGGCUUCCCUCCCCACCCACAGCUGUGAUGUACAAAAAAGACUGGAGCUGCAGUUUUUUUAGGUGCCUGAAAGAUGUGAAAGGAAAAGCUUUGGAGAGCCGCCUUUUUCAUGUGAUUUUUUUUUUUUUAUCUCCUUCCACAAAUAUGACCAUGUUGUGUAGAUCCAAUGCUGUUCUAUAUUGUACAUUAAUGCAAUUACCUGAUGUCCCUGCUUCCUAAGUUUAAAUCGUCCUUGUGGUGGGUCGGUCCACGUAU